UAGAAAAAUGGGUAUUUGUAGAUUUUUGCUCUCUAGGAAGGAAGAAGUUUCUCUUUUUGACAAUGGCCUUAGAAUUGAAUCUAGCCUUAAAAUUUUGACUAAUGAUAAGUGGUUAAGUCGUUAUGUUGUUUGUCAACGCCGUUGUCUUGCAGAACCGCCUCUAAUUGGAAUUUUCAAAAACGCAAAAAGGCGUGAACGAGGUGAACAUCUUGACCUUUUUUACUUGCAUAAUUACAUUGGAUAUGAAUAUGGCUUUAAAUUCAAACAUUCAAAUAAAACACUUGCAAUAUUAAUUCAAAGCCAGACGCUAGUUUUUUCAUUUGACAAUGUUGAAAGUUUGGUUUUUUGGAAAGAAUGGCUUAAGGAUGUGUGCGGUCGAAGUGCCAUGUUCUUUGUUAGAAUUUAUUCUGCUCCAAAAGAUAAUUCUACGACAAGGCUUUGUUCUAAAGGGGCGCGGAUCCACAUCACACGUUAUGCUCUUGUCAUUGUCCAAGAAGUUCCUCCUAAACAACGAUUUUACCUUAAUCUUGAAGACCUUUCGGGUUUCCUCAAUUAUUUUUUGAACUUAUUUUCUAUUUUAGAUGUUGAGUGUGUUCAAAACAAAUUUGCUUUUCGGGCAAUGUCUUAUGCAUGGAAUCAGCCACGAACUUUUAUAUUCACUAGUGAACAAGUUCCAGAAUUGACUGCAAAGCUUCAAUGUUUGUUAAAGGUUUUCUUUUUUUUCAUCCCUAUAUAAUCAUUUUUACCUCACAUAGAUUUAUUUUAUUAAUUUCAGGCCAAGCAAUAUUUCAAUCAUAGCAAUCAAGUAAGCAGACUUUCAUCACUUAAAAACAGUUCUUUGGGUCAAACAUCAACAGCUAAUCAUCCAAUGCAACAAUUUUUUGCUC